GCAGCCACUACUCACUAUAUAUACUCCUAAGCCUCUUCUUUCUUUGUUGAUCCACCAAUAUAAGUAGACCACUAACAAUUUACUCAUUUAUAAAAGUUUCGAUCAAUAUUUGUUAACAUAAAAUACAUUGUUAGUUGAAUCAUGAAGCCACAACAACAACCUGCAAUGGGAAUUCCGGUGGGCGAGACGAAUGCUCCUCCAUUUGCACCCAUGAAUCAACCAGGUGGUGGUGCUGUUCGGGACUUCUCUACUGGUCUUUGUGAUUGUUGCUCUGAUCUUCCUCUAUGUUGUUUGACAUGCUGGUGCCCCUGCAUCACUUUUGGACGUAUAGCAAAGAUUGUUGACAAAGGCUCAUCUUCUUGUGGGGUGAGUGGAGCGUUAUAUUCAUUAGUGAUGGUAGUUACGGGGUGUCAAUAUAAUGGAUAUAUUCAUGCACAAUAUGGGAUACCAGAAGACAGUUGUGGAGAUUGUUGUAUCCAUUUUUGUUGUGAGUCUUGUGCCUUGUGCCAAGAGUACCGCGAACUUGAGGCAAAACCAAGGCAUGCUUCCUCCUUCGAUGCCAGGUGGCAUGACCCGUUAAGCUGGAUAAACAUCAUGUGUGGAAGAUUUGAAGAAUAUUAUUAUUGCAUACAAGUUCUUAUAUAUUAUGCAAAUUCUCCAUUUGAAUUUUGUAUUAAUACUUUAGUACAAGGAAGAACGUGUAAGUUUGAUGUAAAUUCAGAGCAAAAUAUAGGAUUUUUUUGUCAUUUAACACCUUAAAAAAACUAGUUUUUGUAAUUUAACACCUUACUUAUUUUUUAUUGUUUUUAAACACCUUAAAAAACAAAAAAAUUUAGAAAUCAACACCACUUGACGAUUUUUGUUAGAAAAAGCAUUAGUUUUUAACUAUGUUAAAGUUCCCAAGGCAUGAUAUGGUGGUAAACAACUCCUUCUACCAUCAAAUUAUGCUUUGGAAGCUAUAGCUUGGUUAAAAAUCAACGUUUUUUUCUUAUGGAAAUCGUUAAGCGGUGUUGAUUUAUAAAUUUUUAGAUUUUUAAGGUGUUUAAAUAUAAUAAAAAAUAAGUAAGGUGUUUAAUUACAAAAACUAAUUUUUUUAAGGUGCUAAAUGACAAAAAAUCCCAAAAUAUAUGUUAUGUAUACAAAAUAACAAAACGUAUCUGUGUUUCUCUAUAAGAUAUUGACUACUUGUUGCA